AUGAGCGGCGGCGGCGGCGGCUCCUCGGCACCCGGCCGCUUCGCCGACUACUUCGUCAUCUGCGGGCUGGACACCGAGACCGGGCUGGAGCCGGACGAGCUCUCCGCUUUAUGCCAGUAUAUACAGGCCUCUAAAACCCGAGAUGGUGGCAGCCGUUUCAUUUCCAGUGCAGCAGAAGGGGAAAACUUUGAGCAGACUCCGUUAAGACGCACAUUUAAAUCCAAAGUUCUUGCUCGCUAUCCUGAGAAUGUUGAAUGGAACCCUUUUGACCAGGAUGCAGUGGGAAUGCUGUGUAUGCCUAAAGGGCUUGCUUUCAAGACACAAGCAGAUUCCAGAGAACCUCAAUUCCACUCUUUUAUUAUUACUCGUGAAGAUGGCUCGCGGACCUUUGGAUUUUCUCUCACGUUUUUUGAGGAAGUCACUAGCAAACAGAUCUGCAGUGCAAUGCAGACGUUGUAUCAUAUGCACAAUGCUGAAUAUGACAUUCUUCAUACUCCACCCACCAAUGACAAGGAGAGCUGCAGCAGCACUGGGGACUGCAAUGGCACCUCUGUCUCAAAGCUACAGCGAUUUAACUCCUAUGACAUCAGCAGAGACACUCUCUAUGUCUCAAAGUGCAUUUGUCUGAUUACGCCAAUGUCUUUCAUGAAAGCCUGUAAGAAAGUUCUUGAACAACUUCACCAAGCAGUGACUUCACCUCAGCCACCACCACUACCUUUAGAAAGCUACAUCUACAAUAUUCUCUAUGAGGUUCCUCUUCCUCCAGCAGGAAGGUCUUUGAAAUUUUCAGGUGUUUAUGGACCAAUUAUCUGCCAGAGGCCAAGCACCAGUGAACUACCGUUGUUUGAUUUUCCGGUUAAAGAAGUUUUUGAAUUGCUUGGAGUAGAAAAUGUGGUUCAGCUCUUUACCUGUGCCCUUUUGGAGUUUCAGAUACUGCUUUAUUCACAGCAUUAUCAGAGGCUGAUGACUGUGGCAGAGACCAUCACAGCACUGAUGUUUCCAUUUCAGUGGCAGCAUGUGUAUGUUCCUAUCCUUCCAGCAUCCCUCCUUCAUUUUCUAGAUGCUCCUGUCCCUUACCUCAUGGGCUUGCACUCUAAUGGACUGGAUGAUAGGUCUAAACUGGAACUUCCUCAAGAGGCUAACCUGUGCUUUGUGGAUGUAGACAACCAUUUCAUCGAGCUGCCAGAAGACCUACCCCAGUUUCCAAAUAAACUUGAGUUCAUUCAGGAAAUUUCAGAGAUACUGAUGGCUUUUGGAAUUCCACCUGAGGGAAACCUGCACUGCAGUGAAAGUGCCUCCAAGAUGAAGAGCCUCAGAGCAUGUGACCUGGUUUCUGAUAAAAGAAAUGGGAACAUAGCAGGAUCACCUCUGAAUUCCUAUGAGCUGCUAAAGGAAAAUGAGACUAUUGCAAGGCUCCAAGCACUUGUUAAAAGAACAGGUGUGAGUCUAGAAAAGCUGGAGGUGCGAGAGGAGACGAGUAGCAAAAAGGAUCUUAAAAUUCAGUGUGAUGAAGAAGAAUUCAAGAUUUACCAGCUGAACAUUCAGAUUCGGGAAGUUUUUGCCAACCGCUUCACACAAAUGUUUGCAGAUUAUGAAGUGUUUGUCAUUCAGCCCAGUCAGGACAAGGAGUCCUGGUUUACAAACAGAGAACAGAUGCAAAACUUUGAUAAAGCUUCUUUCUUGUCUGACCAGCCUGAACCUUACUUACCUUUCCUCUCGAGAUUCCUGGAGACCCAAAUGUUUGCAUCCUUUAUUGACAAUAAAAUAAUGUGCCACGAUGAAGAUGACAAAGACCCUGUUUUGAGAGUUUUUGAUUCCCGGGUGGAUAAAAUCAGGCUGCUGAAUGUCAGGACACCGACUCUGCGCACAUCUAUGUACCAAAAGUGCACAACCAUUGAUGAGGCUGAGAAAUCUAUUGAAUUAAGGCUGGCAAAAAUAGAUCACACUGCAGUUCACCCACACUUGCUGGACAUGAAAAUUGGACAAGGGAAAUACGAGCUUGGAUUUUUUCCUAAGCUUCAGUCUGAUGUUUUAUCCACUGGUCCAGCAAGCAACAAGUGGACAAAGAGGAAUGCUCCUGCUCAGUGGAGGCGGAAGGACAGACAGAAGCAGCACACGGAGCACCUGCGUCUGGACAAUGACCAGAGAGAGCACCUGGACUUUUCCAUGUCAGAGCUUCAGUUGCAGUUAUGUUUAGACUGGGACCAGCAUGAUUGGCCCUUCAUGCCCUCUAUAAAAUCUGUGUCAGAGCAUUAUCUGAAAUACAUCCAAGAAGCCAGGAAUCUGGGCAGCACCAUUCGGCAGCCCAAACUCUCUAACCUCUCUCCAUCAGUAAUUGCACAAACAAACUGGAAGUUUGUGGAAGGCUUGUUGAAGGAAUGCCGAAAUAAGACUAAGAGGAUGUUGGUUGAGAAAAUGGGUCGAGAAGCUGUGGAGCUUGGUCAUGGCGAAGUGAAUAUCACAGGAGUGGAAGAGAACACCCUGAUAGCCAGUCUGUGUGACCUUUUGGAAAGAAUAUGGAGCCACGGUCUGCAAGUCAAACAGGAUAGAAGCUGUACUGCUUUCGUCUUAGAAGACAGAGCAUCAGUUUACUCUUCUUCAACCCAGAUUUGGGCCUUUCAGACCACCAGACGGCCAACCCUUCAUAAGGGAAAGUCUGCUUUGUGGUCUCAUCUGUUACAUUACCUAGAAAACAGACAAAGAAGAACUACAUCAGGCAGCUUCAGUACAUCAGGAAUACUUCUUGAGUCAGAAAGACGAAAGUCUGAUACAAGUCCAGCCAUGUCACCUCUCAGAAUCUCUCUUAUACAGGAUAUGAGGCAUAUCCAGAAUAUAAGUGAGAUCAAAACAGAUGUUGGCAAGGCCAGAGCCUGGGUUCGCCUCUCUAUGGAAAAGAAGUUGCUUUCUAGGCAUCUGAAACAGUUGCUUUCAGAUCAUGAACUCACAAAAAAACUCUACAAGCGUUACGCGUUCCUCCGCUGCGAUGAUGAGAAAGAACAAUUCUUGUAUCAUCUCCUGUCAUUCAAUGCUGUUGAUUACUUUUGCUUUACCAAUGUUUUCACAACAAUCUUGAUACCAUACCAUAUAUUGAUUGUUCCCAGCAAGAAACUCGGUGGCUCAAUGUUCACAGCCAAUCCUUGGAUCUGUAUUUCGGGAGAACUGGGUGAAACAGGAGUCCUGCAGAUUCCCAGGAAUAUAUUGGAAAUGACUUUUGAGUGCCAGAACCUGGGAAAACUGACCACAGUGCAAAUAGGACAUGAUAAUUCAGGGCUGUAUGCCAAGUGGCUUGUGGAAUAUGUUAUGGUCAGAAAUGAAAUAACAGGGCAUACUUACAAGUUUCCCUGUGGAAGGUGGCUCGGGAAGGGCAUGGAUGAUGGCAGCUUAGAGAGGAUCCUGGUGGGAGAGUUGCUGACUUCCCACACUGAGGCUGACGAGCGGCAGUGCCGAACCCCUCCCCUGCAGCAGUCUCCAAGCAUGAUCAGGAGAUUUGUCACUAUCUCACCAAACAAUAAGCCAAAGUUAAAUACUGGUCAGAUACAAGAAGCUAUUGGUGAAGCUGUUAAUGGUAUUGUCAAGCAUUUCCACAAGCCAGAGAAGGAGAGAGGCAGCCUGACCCUGCUGCUGUGUGGAGAAAGUGGGCUUGUUUCAGCUCUUGAGCAAGUGUUCCAGCACGGAUUUAAAUCACCGAGACUCUUCAAGAACGUCUUCAUUUGGGAUUUUUUAGAAAAAGCACAAACAUACUACGAGACCCUUGAGCAGAACGAGAUGGUCCCAGAAGAGAACUGGCAGACAAGGGCCAGGAAUUUCUGUCGCUUUAUCACUGCUAUCAACAACACCCCUAGAAACAUUGGGAAGGAUGGCAAGUUUCAGAUGCUGGUGUGUCUUGGAGCCAGAGACCACCUUUUGCACCACUGGAUCGCCCUGCUUGCAGACUGCCCCAUUACAGCCCAGAUGUAUGAGGACAUAGCCCUGAUUAAGGAUCACACGCUGGUGAAUUCUUUGAUUCGGGUGCUGCAGACCUUGCAGGAGUUCAACAUCACUCUGGAGGCAUCUCUUGUCAAGGGCAUCGACAUCUGACCUCCCUCCUGUCCCACAAGAAAAACUGUCUUUACAAACACAAAAAAAGCUACAAGGAGUGAAUCUCGUUAGUAUGCAAAAGUUCUGUCUUGCCAGUACAUUGUAUCGUGAACUUGUUCAUGGCCCAAAAAUGCAACUUUGACUUUUCUUGAAGGAAACUCCAGAAAUAGUACAGGCAAAUGGAUAGAAGCUGUAAACUCAAUGUAAAAAAGAGGAUUUUGGUAUAAAUCUAUUUUAGAGUUUAUUUGCUGAUUUGCUUUUUACACACUUUCAUGUGAAAGAGAUAGAGAUGAGUAUUGUGCAGCUUAUUUUAAAGCUGCAGUAUUUCCUUGCCAUAGAAAAUGUGCAGUGAGCCUUUCAGCAUUCUGUGAACUUGCCUUCAGAUAUGCUGUAUGUCAUAGACCCCAGUGUAUACACUCCAUUUCUGCUGAGAAGGUCAUUCUAUAGUUUUUAAACUAAUAUUUUAUAUAUUAACAUUAUUACCAAGGUUUGAUUUUUAAGGUGUUGGGUCAUGUUCUGCUGCAAGGGAACUACAGAUCUAAUCUGUGCUUUUUUUUAAUAGCUCCAAAGCACUGAUUUGUCGACAAUUUUUUUUCCUUUAUUUUUGUUGUCAGUAUUAUUUUUAGUGAAAUCCAGGAGACUGAAAUAUGAAAUGUCCAGAGAUCAAAGUAAUAUUUUUCUUAUUGGUACGUAAUUGCACAGAAGAAGAAGAAAUUAAGUCUGUUUUUAACUGAUGUUUUUUUAUUUAUUUAACCUAUCAUUGUGUUUUGUAAGUUUGUCUUUAAAAAAAUCUUCUGUGAUACAACUGGCUAUAUUACGUUGCAAUUCAGAAUUUACAGUGUAGCCCACUUAAAUGAAAAAUUUGGAAUAAUUGUUCAUAAUACAAGAACAUUUCCCCUGAAACCAGCCUUUUGAAGCUUGGUUAUAUGGCUGCUGCUGGUAAUUCUCUUAACUGCUAAUAAAGAGGAACACGAGUUCCCCAGAUGCCAGAUGACUAAAUAAAGAUCUUUAUGCCCCAUCUGAAAUAACAAACAGUAUACCUUGCUAACAAGUAUAAGGAUUUCUUAAUGUUUCUGAAAAGACAGUGGUAUUAAGGUUUUUUUCUUUUCCUUUUGAGUGCAUAUGUUGUCACAGUCUGCUUUAUUUGGGAUGCUUUUGUUUUUAGCAAAGAAAGUUUAGUCCAUUUCUACUAUGAAACACAAACAUUUUGGAAGCUUAAUUUAUUGGAGAUCUGGAACUUGGCAAAUGCCUAAAGGCAUCUCUGUUCAUUUGAAUCCUUGAUAAAAAUCUCUUUGAAAUGAAUAUGGGACUUAAGAACAGGCUGAUUUAUCAGCAUCACAAAUGACUGUAUGGAAGUUCAGGGCUGUGUAUUUAAGAGGUCUCCACUGUAUAAACUUCUCUCAGUAUUGUCUCUCUUUGGAGAAGCAGAGUCCAAGUUUUUUGGUUCAUACAAUGUUGUAGCACUUUUAUUUUACCUACAGCUUAGUCACAUCUUGUGAUAGUUUUAUUUCCAUAAUUUAUGAAUAUAGAACAUGUAUUAAAUUUUUGACUAUUUUUACUUUUGUCCUAUUUAUUUCAUUAUUAAACGGAGAAGUUCCUUUGUCACUACUUAACAGAGCAAGAUUCUUCUUUGAUUUCACAGUAGCAUUAGGGAGAUGUGAGGGCAAUGUCUGAGCCACUCCUCACAUGGGGUGGGUGCAAAUUCUUUCACAGCUUACAGUACUCUUUUGGUUUGUUUUUUGUGGUGGUUUUUUGUUGGUUUUUUUGUUGGUUUUUGCUUGUUUGUUUUCUUUCCAGCUCUGGAAGGGCAAAAAUUAAAACAAACCAGUUGUACUGCAUUCUAAGAAUUUCAUUUAUUCAACUUAAUAUGUUAGUAUAAUCUUUUUACACCUGCCCUAAAUUGUUAAUGCAUUAAUAAUAACAAAAAAAUGGUUUUGUUUUGUUUUGGUUUUUUUUGUUCAUUUGUUUUCUUUUGUUGUUGCUGUUUUUGUUUCAGCUAUCUUGAAAAUUACUUUACUUAGCCUGUAUAUUUCACAAGGAAUAUUAAGUAAGAAAGGAAGGUUCCAUAUUUUGACCUUAACAGAUGAGUUGAUCCUGUUAAAGCCAUAUAUCUCAUAGUAUUAAGGAUGGAUUAAUUUUAUCUUGCAUGAGGUAAUUACCCUGAGCUAAGAUUCUUUUAUUAUUUUUUUUUUUCCUCCUUGCACAAGUUCACCUAGAGAGACACGAUACCAUUGGUUUCGUGGCUGUUUUUGUGUGGGUUGUUUUGCCCCCAUGAGGACAGUUUGAGAUACGUGGGCUGGGCAGAGGCUGGGAUUUGGUGAUGGCCAAGGGUGGGCUCCUUGGCUGGCUCAUGGGAACGAUGCUGUCCAUCAGUGAGAACACCCUGAGUGCUGGCUGUCCAGUGCAAGAGGAAGACACAGAGAUCGUCAUCGGCUCCUAGGUUAUUCUGUUCUCACAGAAAAAACCAGUUUGAGACAGACCUUCCUCUUCCUCCUCUCACAGGGGGCCAGUGCUUAAUCCUGUUAGGGCUCAAAGCACCUUCUGCUAUGGACUUCCAAGUCUGGAGGGAUUUGCUGUGCUGAGGGAGCAGUAGAAGGUUCUGAGAUGCAGCAGGAGGCAAGCUGGUUUUGUUAGCUCCAUAGGCAACCGAGGAAGAGCAAGAUAGCAAUACAGCCUGUGCCAGGAUUUUGGGAAGAGAUUUGGCUGGCAUGUGUAAGAGCAGUCCAGUCUGUAGGAGCAGCCACAAUGCCUGUUCACCACUCACUUCUCUCAUGGCUGUUCCUAGCAGCAGUCUCACAGGAUAAGGUUAUGAUCCAGCAUUUGCUCUUGCCAUGCCAUUCUACUGAACUUUAUAGGCGUAGUCAGCACCUUUUUAUCCAGAACUUGGUAAAAUCCUUCUCCCUUUGUUCAGAGUAAUGCAGUUUUAACUUCUUUUCCUGUUACUUUUCCAAACUAAGAGGGCAGGUUUGGUAGGUACAGUGUGGCUGUGCUGUUCUGUUGUUCAGAGGGGAUGUUUUGGUAACAGUUAAUGAGAAAAGAUCAUCUUUGUAACAACGUGCAUUCGUUCUGGAGAGAGAAAUGCAGUGAUAAAAAAUUAAGCAGUUCAUCGUGCAGUAAAUGCAUAGUGCUAAACUGGCCAAACAUGUUUACAGGCUCAUAACCUGAUUAGAGAGGGAAAAAUAGACUAUCACCUAUCAAUUAUUUAGGCCUCUUUGGUUAAUGCUCCAAUGAUACUUUAUACAAAAAGAAAAUGCAAAAUAAUAAAGACUUGGUUUAAAUGUAAUUAAAUACUAUGAUGAUAAGUUUAUACAAAAUAAAAUAAUAAAAAAAAGCCUUUACCUGCCACAAACUUUAACCACCUGAUAUUCUGUAGCUGAAAAUGUAUUUGUGAACUGGAGACUAUUCCACAACUUUUAUCAUUACAAAGAGUAUUUUUCAAACUGUUCAAAUGGGACUUAUUAGCUGGAUGAUCCAUACUUUUUAUGUGUUUUAAAUUCAUGAAUAUGUUAAGAUUUCUGCAGUGAAACUAUUCAGAGUUAACUUCUUCUGUAUAUUGUCAAAUGAAUUUUGUCCGUAGUGAAGAGACUAUAGGAUACUUGAAAAUACUUGAAGAAAUUGUACACGUACUCCACAUCUUUGUAGCUCUUCAUUUCGUACCUAGAGAUUGGCUGUUAAACUAAGAUAAAGCAUCACUACCUUAUAAACUAUAUAUUUU